AGAAUCCAGGGGAUGUGGCGAGCACCUUAAACAUCCUCAAUGUCUUGGAUGAACUUCUGUCAGCUGGUACGGAUCGUCGUAUCCACUACAUGAUAAGUAAAGGUGGUAGUGAGGCCUUGCUGACUGCACUGGUCAACCAUGCCCGCACUUUCAGUCCUGACUACAACAUCCUGCUGCCACUGCUGCACCUGCUGGCCAAAGUUGGACACAGAGACCGUCGUAUUGGUAUGAAGGCAGAGGAUGCUGGAGCUGUGCUGCUGACUCUAAAUCUGCUCAGACAAAACAUCAAUCAUGCCAGGAGGGUCGCAGCUUGUCUCUGGGUCAUCCAGGUCUUCUCUUCAUCAGUUUCUGCAGCAAACCUAAUAGGAGAAAACCAUGGUCUGGAUGUCAUCUACCAACUCAUUCCUCAGUAUACCACCAGAAAUCUUCAUACCAUCAAGGCAGCUAUUAAUGCCUUCGCUGCUCUGCUGUACACAAAGGCAAAUGUUUGGUCCAUUGUAUCGAAGGGUUACAUCUCUGGCCUCUUGCGACUUUACGAGGACUGGCACAACAAGGAUACUCAACAUGUUGCCAUAUCAAUCCGCCAUGCAUUGCUGUGCUGUCUCCAUAACGCAACCCAGAGUACUGCAGGCAGACAGGCUUUCAUAUCCCAGGGGGGCAUCAGACUGCUGUACCAGACUACACAGACAUGUUUGUUAAGUAAAAGUACGGAGUGUUUGGUGGAGCCCUCUGUGCAGCUGAUGAGGAAGUGUCUUCCUAAAACUCCUCUACCACUGACAUCGGAUAAGUCUGCAUACACCUUUCCCCUGCCUGGAAGACCACAUGCUGUUCCUGAUGUGGACAUAGGGUCAGAUGAGAGCAGUAUAGAGAGUGAUGCUGAAGAAGAUGAAGAUAACCAAGAGGACGACAACAGAGAUUAUGAUGAUGAUUUGGAGAGUGACCUGAACAAACUUCGUCUUCGUCCUGACCCAGACAGACCCAAAGAGCUGCUGCCACAGUACAGCCGUCUUUGUCCUGAACUCUCACAUGACUUCCAGGAACUGGUUUUGAGUUCAGAGCCAGAGGAGAGUUCAACAUCAUCAUCAGAUGACGAAGCAGUGAUGCCCGACACUUUCCCUCCUCGCUCCAACAGCAGGGACAGCAUGAGGAGUACUCCCAACAGUGAUUCUUCCACCUCUUUAGAUGGCUCUUACACAGAGACAGAAAUAUCCAUAAAGGGACACACACCAGCUGCUGCCCAGUUAGAGGCUCAUGAUUUCCACAGUCACAGCAGCGUCCUCAGCACCAGCCCCGGCUGUAGGACCAUGAUUAGAGAGGCAACGGAAGAAACUCCCUCAGUUCAGAAAAGGGAUGAGCAGGAUGAUGAUGAAGAGGGAGCAGAGGAAGGACACCACCGCACCAUGAUAGACAGGUUAUUGGAGAGACAUGGAUCGUGUAUCCCCCACCAUGAACCCAAACUAUACCGUGCUGCAGCUGCCAAAACCAAAUCUAUUCCAGGAUUCAGCAUCCUGGCUUUCCCUGAUUUCUGGGGUCAUCUCCCACCACCAGGACAUGAGCCCAUGGCCCCACGCAAACCCAACAUACAAAGGCAGAAGGUACUAGAAGAUGUCCAGCGUUUCCUGAAUACCAGUGACACCAUUAACCGCUUAGUCUUUGACCUAGAAGACAGCAGUGUUCAGUGCCAAUCGGAUUCUUUGAGGUUCUUUUCCAAGUUUGAAUGUGGGAACCUGAGAAAGGCUAUUCAGGUCCGCAGGUGUGAAUAUGACCUCAUAUUGAAUGCAGAUGCUAACUGUUCCCAGCACACCCAGUGGUUUUACUUUGAAGUCAGUAACAUGGUAGCGGACGUCCCCUAUCGUUUCAAUGUCAUCAACUGUGAGAAGAGCAACAGCCAGUUCAACUAUGGAAUGCAGCCGGUGCUGUACUCAGUAAGGGAAGCUCUGGAGGGUAAACCACGCUGGGUCAGGACUGGAACGGAUAUUUGUUAUUACAGAAACUAUUUUUGUCCAGCUCAAGGCAGAAGGAAAACAACCUUUUACACGCUGACCUUCACCAUCACCUUCAAACACAAUGAGGAUGUCUGCUACCUGGCCUACCAUUAUCCCUAUACAUACUCCGCUCUGAAGGCUCAUUUAAAGGUGCUGCAGAAGUCAGUGGAUCCUGCCACGGUUUUUUUCCGGCAGCAGAUUCUUUGUGGCACUUUGGCUGGAAACCCCUGUCCACUGGUCACCAUCACUGCCUGCCCUGCAAGCAAGGGCUGGAAAGACCUGCAUCAGCUGCGUAAUCGCCCCUGUAUUGUGCUGACAGGUCGUGUGCAUCCCGGUGAGUCUAAUGCCAGCUGGGUGAUGAAGGGCACCCUGGAGUUUCUGUGCAGCAGUGACCUGGUGGCCCAGAGUCUGAGGGAGGCAUUUGUCUUCAAGAUCAUCCCCAUGCUCAACCCAGAUGGAGUCAUCAAUGGAAUUUGUCACGGAAGGCAAUCAGGGAACCCAGGUGCAGACACAGAUCAGGCUGACAGGCAGGUUUUCUGUGACUACCAUGGGCACUCUAGAAAGAAGAAUGUCUUUCUGUAUGGCUGCAGCGUUAAGGAAACUCUCUGGCAGUCUGGCUCUACCGUUGACACCGUAGGAUUGAAAGAGGACCCUGGAUAUAGGACCAUUCCAAAGACACUGGAUCGCAUUGCACCAGCCUUUUCUUUCAACAGCUGCAACUAUUUGGUUGAGAAGUCUCGGUCCGCCACCGCCAGGGUGGUUGUCUGGAGAGAAAUGGGUGUGCUGAGAAGUUACACCAUGGAGAGUACCUACAAUGGUUGCGACCAGGGAAUAUACAAGGGCCUGCAGACAGGAACCAGAGAGCUCCAGGAAAUGGGUGUGAAGUUCUGCCACAGUCUGUUGUCGGUAACCAAAGACAUGAAGCUUCUUUACAGCAGGAGACUCAUCAACCACAUUGACCUGGACCACAACAUUCUGGACCACAAGUCUCACAAUUGUUUUGAAGACGAUGAGCCUCCAUGUGUUGAAGAGAUCGAGUAUUCCACAGAUCGUCCUACUGUGAAAUGCAAUGAUCUGGAUUCAGAUGUCAACAGCAACAUGGCCAAUCCCGAUGAAGAGGAGGAGCUCGACGAAAGACACAGUGACGCAGCAAAAUGUCAGCAAGACUGCAUCAAUGAGUCGAUCAUAAAGGGCAACCUUUUCCCUCCCCAGAUCAGGCAGGCGUCCAUUGAAGCACUCAGUGAGAAAAGAAACACAUGUAAUGGUGUGAGAAUCUCCAACGGACAGAUCACAAGUUAAAGAAAUAUUCCUACAUGUUUGGAUUUUGAGAAGAAGCUGAGAGCCUCAGUUAUUCUCUAAUAGAUUUUCUAAGCACUGUAAGCUUUUCUCCAUAAGACAUGACAGGCUUGUCUGAGUGAAAAGCAAGACUUAGGAUAAUAAUACACACACACUAAAGAUAACAAAAGGUACCAAGAUGUGAAACGUAAAUAAUCCUUAAAUUGCAUGUGUAAUUGGAACAUCUCAUUAAUGCCAAUACAGCAGCACUUAACUUCCAGCCUCAGUUUUUAUUAUGUUUGAGUAUAGCAAUGUAAUAAGUGGUUCGUGUCAAGAUGAUAGACACCUAUAGACAGUUUUUUAAAAAGGAAAUGAGUAUGUAACCUAGACAAAACGUCACAUCUAGUGUGUAAUCUGGUUGUCAGUGAGAAAACUAACAAUGCUUUUGAAUGUGAUUACCAGUCAUUUAGAGAAAGUCCAGGAUGGAAACCAUUUUUAUAGUGAUUUAUUCAGAAGUAUCUUGUGGGUGGUCAGCAUAGUCUUAAUGAUGUGGAUUGGUUUGAUGCAAACAAUAAACGUAGAAGAGGCAAAAGUA